AUGGUUGAUCACUCGCAGCGUCGAAAAACCGCCGUUACUGCUAUAGGAGGAUAUGUUUUAAAUCCAAAAAAGCAUAAUUUAUCAUUUGGAAGAUGGGCCAUACCAGUUAUGGCGAAGAAGAUGCAAAGUUCAGAGAUUAAUGAAAGAAGAAGAGCUGUCCAGUCCUUAUGUGACUUUGUAUUCGACUCAAGGCGAGUGGCUUCAAAAGAGUUUACUAGCGUUGUUCCUAUACUAAAGGACUUAUGUGAAGAUCCUGAUUCUAAAUUAAGAUUAAACGUUGCAAAGUGCUUAGGAGCGGUAACCGCUACCCCUGCUGGACGACGAGCUUUCGACAACCACGGCUUCUACGACGAAACCUUGAAUUUGUUAAAGGACGAGGACGAAGAAGUUAGACAUGCAGCUAAUAUUGUCCUUCAAAGACUCGUCAUUUCUCCAAUCGGUGCUGAAGGCCUAGUGGAAGCAGGAGGCAUACCAGUCCUUAUAGAAAGAAUAUCGAGAGAACCUGAUCACAUUCUAGAAGUGCUCCUUCAGACGCUUCAUAUCUGCUGCCUCAUAGAUCCUGAGAACGCUGUGGACCACAAAUGCCUAGAGACCGUCAUUCCUCUGCUAAAGAACUCUUCCGAAAGCGUCAGAGCACGGGCUGCUACCGUGAUAAAAGAUUUGACAGAACAGGUAAAGGGCAGAAACCGAGCUUUGGAUCUUAAAGCCGUUCCUCUUCUCCUGGACAUGUGUCACAGCGAAGACGAAGUAGUUCAAGCGCAAGGACUGGCUGCCUUGAUGAUGAUUGCUUCAGCCACUCCAGGAAAGUUCAUGGCGAUUGGAGACAACGCAAUUGAGAGAAUCAUGCCUCUCGUCAAGAGAAAGAACCCAGAAAUCCGUUUGAAUGCGAUAAAAGUUCUCACUGUACUGAGUGAAGCGCCACCUGGAAGAAAACAGCUCAUAGAUAGAAUGCCAGAGGUUCUAUUAUCUCUUUUAAAUGAUGAAGUACCAGAAGUGCGAAGAGCAGCAAAAACUUUAAAUGCAGUAGUAACAUUCAAGCCUUAA